AUGCAAACGCACGGAAGCAUUCAGCUUGUUCCGGUGCAAGGGGAUGUCAGAGUCUUCUCGCGACUAACAGAUGCUCUGCAUUGCGCUGGUUCGGGCGAUACCGUCAAGAUUCAGCCCGGCAAGUACGUGUUGGAUGGACCUCUUGCCAUAACACAAAAGAAUCUCUCUAUUGAAGCCUCCGAGGCCAAUGUAUAUCCUCCUGCUGCCUCUGCAGAUCACCCAAGGCCCAUCCUCACAGUCGAGGCUAGUGGGGUGAAGAUUGUUGGGCUCCAUUUCUUUGGGUCAGACAGAAAGAGAAAGAAAGAUCCUCAAGGAGAGUUGAAUGUCUGCGUUGCUGUCUAUGAAGGAGACGCGCACUUUGAGUCAUGUAGCGUGUCGGAUUGGAAUGGGGCAGGCAUGCUCUUGACAGGAUCGAGUUGUCCGCACAUCUCAAAUUGUACAUUUCAUGGUUGUGUUGCUCCAGCAUUGGUUCUCAUUGGUCAAGUGAAUCCAACUGUUGUGAAAUGCUUGUUUCAAAACAACCAAAGCUACGACGUUGUUUGCAAAAACGAGGUACGAGGAUGUUUUGAGUCCAACAGAUUUUUGAAUUGCAAUCGGAACUCAAUCCUCGGUAAUCUUAUUUUCAAGUCUUCCUAUGCUAACAAAGCUGAAGGUAUGGACAAGAGCACAACUGUUUUCAAGGACAACCAUUUCGCCGCAAGUUUUCACAGCGCAUUUCUCAUUCAGGGGAACAGCACUUGUGUCAUCCAACAAAACUCAAUAGUGGGAAGUCAGCAACAUCAAAUCCAAGUUAUCCAGCAUUCAAACCCGAAAGUGCUCUCUAACAUGAUCAUCGGAGGCGAAGCAGGUGGAAUUUUUGUUCAGGACAACGCGUCUGGCUCUUUUGUGAGCAACACGAUCCAAGGAAAUCAAGCCUACGGAAUUUUUGUAAUGGGAAAGUCACAGUCAAUCUAUCUAAACAACAAAGUAUUGAAUAACCGCCUUGGUGGAGUUUUUAUCGGCGAUGCAAGCCAACCAACACUAGACUCCAACAGCGUACGCAACAACGGUCAUCACGGAGUUUUUAUCAGUGGUCAUAGUGCUCCUUUGCUGCAGGAAAAUUUCAUCCUUGAGAAUCAGCUCUUCGGUUGUCAGGCGGAGGGAGCGGCAAGACCUUGUUUGCAGCUCAACACUGUUGCAGGAAACUUGAAGGGAGGAGUCUGCUUGGCUGGAAGUUCGUCCUCCUCCUUGUCUCACAAUACUGUGAACAUUGGCAGCACGCAGAUGAAGCAACCGCUGGGAGUGUUGGUGCGGGACCGCGCCAUUGCAGCCUUGCACGACAACAAGAUCCACGAGAACGUGUCGUGCAACGUGGUGUUCAGAGAUGAUAGCUGCGGGAGUCUUGACAAAAAUGAGAUCUGGGGCUGUGCAUCAGGAGGCGUGAUGAUCCAAAGUCAGGCACAGGUAAGAAUGACGGGUAACCUUGUAAGAGACAACGGACUGUGCAACCUUGGGAUUAUGGAGCAUGCGUCCAUCUUCUGUGAGAAGAAUGUCAUGCAAGAUUCGCAAGACUUUGGGAUCCUUGUGCUGGGGCACUCCAAAGCGUUGAUGCGAUACAACAUGAUAUCAGGCAACAAGAAGGGAGGCGUGCACUGCUCGGGCAAGAGCGAAGCGUACAUCCUGCACAACAGAAUCUGUCUCAGCAGAGGGAGUGGAAUCCUUCUUUGCGAGAAAGUCAGGGUGCUGAUCGAGAGCAACCUGAUCCAUGGGAACCUCGAAGCUGGACUCCUGGUGAAGAGGAAGUGUCAUGUGGACAUCUUGUCAAACGUGGUGGAGACUUUGAGUGCCCCUGGAUCAUGUGCUAUUACGAUCUCGGACCUCUCCCAUGGGCGAGUUGUGGGCAACAUAUUUCAGGUUGGAAAGUGCAACAACGUCCUCCCUGACAGUAUCCAUGAAUCCUCAAACGCCUUUGUGAUGCCCAAAAACUCCAUCAAUCUCGUGGAGCAAGCUUCGUUUCUCUGCGAGGACAAGGAUGGUACAUACCUGCUGGUUCAGGGACCCAGCUCCACAUGUCUUGCUGUUCGUGACCGAGGAAUCCCGAAUUGUGUGGAACCCGACGCUUUCUUGAAGAACCUGAUGACAUGCGACAACGAACAAGGAGGCACAGCCGGUCUCUGCAAUCAUAUUCGCUUGUCGAAGAACAGGUCACCUUUCUUGUGCUCCAAAGUUAUCGGUCUUCUGAUCAACGUCUUCAGGGAUGAGAUAGAAAGUCAGAGAGCAAGUGCGCCCGUCCGCCCUGGCAUCCAUUCAGGAUCCAAGAGUUCGGAUCAGCCCUGGCAACCGCACGCCAGCAUGCUCCAUCCUGUAAUCUAG